AUGGGGAACACUGGAAGCAGCGCCAGAGAUCGCUUGAGAGAGUGGAAAGGUCCAUUCAGUGAUGUGGAGUAUGAGUGUCUACAGAAUAAAUAUAGAGAGACCAUAGCAACGGCGCCAUCGAAUGAUGCUUCAGUAGCAAACUUACAGAUCUGGUUGGAGCUACCGCUUCCUGCUGGGGUGCCGAAGGAGUUAAUUGCGUCGUAUCAUCGCCUUGGCACUGCCUUUUAUCAGUUGUGUUUGCAGACGAAAGGAGGUCAAGAUGCUCCUGCCUGUUGUGAUCUGCAGAUAAUAGAUUUUGCUCAAGGAGUGGCGCAAUGUGUGCGAGCUUCAUCACAGGCGAUCUGUCGGGCAUUAUUUAAUCUAUUUGGACCAAGUCCACAAGCUACCGCCAUGACGGAGAAAGAACUAUUCCACUUACUGUUUGCCUGUUUGGUUAUGGCUGAAGGUCGUGAAGUAGACGACGUAAAUCAAAUGAUGCUUGUGGCGAUGACUCUUGCUCGUGCAGCGAUGCCGCCAUCAAGACAGUCGGAUCGAGUAUCUUUUAUCGAGUUUGUUCAAUGGACCGAACUACAACUUCCAUUACUUUACACAGUCUUCACAACAUGGAUUGCUCAAAAGUGUUUUGAGUCUCUUACUAAGCCGUCAUAUGAAGCCCCUCGAUUGUCUCCAAAAAGCGAGAUUUUGUCCAGAUCGCACUUCGUGGCAUUGUCUAUGGUGACCACGUCACUUCAAAGAACUCUAAACCGACUGUACACAAGCACACAAGAUGGAUUGAGCUUCAAUCGGUUAAGCUAUCACAUUUUAGGCUACUCUGGGCCAACUCUGACGGUCAUUCGGGACGUUCAAGGCGCCGUGUUUGGCAUGUUUUGUGAUACUGAAUGGAAGGAAUCAAGUCGAUACUAUGGAGGCAACGGUUGCUUUCUUUUCCGACUAGCGCCAGAUAUUAACAUUUGCCGAGUAUCUGCGAGCGGGAUUAAUGAAAACUAUAUGUAUCUUAAUUCCAAGGGUUAUGCGCUACCGCGUGGACUUGGCAUGGGAGGUUCGACGGACAAAUUUCGACUUUUUCUUAGCGAAGAUUUGGAUGAGCAGAGUUACACAAUUGCGAAGUGUUUGUCUUUUGAACCAGGUCGCUUGUCGUUUAAUGAACAUUUUGUGAUCGAUGUUAUGGAGGUGUGGGGCUGUGGUGGAGACGAGAGUGAACACAACCAGGAAAAGCACCGUCUUGAGACGGCUGAGCUUAUUAAUCGCGCGCGGAAAGUCGACAAGGCUCAAUUUAUUGAUAAUGAUUUUGACAAAGAGACAUUUUUGGGCAAAACAUUUGGUCACGGAACGGAUAAGGGUCGCAUUGCUGACGAUGAGCAGUAA